AUGGCGGGGAAGAGAGAGAUUACGGUAUUUGCAAAGCGCAAGUUCCCCGAGAGCGCCAAAAGAAGGGAACAGUCCAACUUUGCUCCUGAAAAGCUCCCGCUGGAAAAUUCCCGCACAGAAAAAGUGGGGGGGGGGGACAGAAAAAGGGAAAGUAAACCCCCUCCCCCCAUGGGCGGGCAGCAGUUUGCCCCGCCCCGGUGCAAUUUAGCCUUCCUUCCUCACUGUCUCAUCCUGGCGCCCUGCCACCGCGUAGAGACGUCCCUGGGUCCCGGACUCCCGCUGAUGGGCACCCCUGAUGGGCGCGUGCCGUGGC